AACGGCGUUCCUCAGUUCAGGCUUUCGAACAUAGCGUCGCUUUACGUGCUCUCCAUGGCGUCAAGAUGCACUCGCAACGACCAGGUUGGAUGAGAAACAUCGUAAAUACCCGUUGCAUUUGGGAGGUGUCCACGUUUGGUAUUAGGGAAAGAUGACACAAUUCCUACUUGAGCAUCCAAUGUAUGGAUGGCACAGACUACGACUUGUCCCGGCUGUCUUUCCGUGCCCAUCUCCGCCGCCUAUUUAGGCUACACGUUUGCUUCCUCAACGGGUUCUCCAGGCCAAGCGUUAGCAGUGCCACCGAGCAAUGCUAGUCUUCGUACCAUCCCAGGUUGCAGCAGAAACCGAUCGCACGGAGUCAGACAUGUAAGAGGAUAUCGGGAAGGUUUGAGUCCGCAGUUCCGCGGCGACGUCGUCCGAUGUUACGAUAGGUUUCUUCGCUCAAACACGUGCUUCCUGUUGCCCUUUCUUCAGUGGUUGGCACCAAGAGAGACAAUACCCUUCAUCUCGUUACCCCUGUCUCUCAACCAUCUUCCCAGGGGAUGCCCUGCUCCAAUCAUGUCUUUCGUUUUGCGAUUGGCUCCAGGAAUCCAGAGGACAAAGGCCAAGCGACUGAAGCUGAAAACCCUGUGGCUCCUACCAAAGCUCCCUCGGGCCCAUUCUGCCGAGUUGGAUACGGCGAGCAUAGACAACCAAUUUUGUUUGUUUCUCCAUUCUUGUCGGGACGCUGAUACCCGCAUACAGGUCCAUCUUGGCGAUCUUAUAGGACUAGUCAUGAGCCGGCCAACACACUUAUUGUCUCUUGUUACAUGAGGCUCCAUCGUGCCGCCUCACCAAACCCCAUGACUUACAGAAAACUCUUCGAUCAAGAUGCAUUUCUCGAGCCUGUUCCCGUUCCUGGCGGCCACGACGGCCGCCCAGUCACUGACGUCCAUCCUGACUAGCAACCAGGCGACCUUGGGCACGCUGAACAGUCACUCCUGAGCACCGUUCCCCAACUAACCAAAACCCUU